AUGUCAUAUGGAAGGAAAGAUUUUCUCAGCCAGCCGGCGCCUGAGAACUAUGUCGCUGGUCUCGGUCGAGGUGCUACUGGAUUCACAACCCGAUCAGAUUUAGGACCGGCGCGUGAAGGUCCAACACCAGAGCAGAUUCAGGAAGCGUUAGCGAAAAGAGCUCAGCAACUAGGAGCUCCAACACCUACUGCAUACAACACAAACCGGGAAAAAGGAGGAAAAGGCAAAGAGCAAGAAGCAGAAGAGGAUGGCGAUAAUGAACGCUUUCAGGACCCAGAUAAUGAAGUUGGACUGUUCGCCUAUGGUGCCUAUGAUCGCGAAGAUGAUGAGGCGGACUUGAUCUACCAGGAAGUUGAUGAAAAAAUGGAGAGGAGGCGCAAAGCAAGAAGGUUAGUUUUAUCGCAGUCUUUGCUUUUGCGUGUAUUGGACGUCUCAUUUUCGAGACGUCAUCUUUGCUUGUUGCCUUUCAUAUAUUUAUUGUGGACAGAGUGCCGACUUGAUCCUUUCGCUGCCUACAGGGAAGCCCGUGAAAAACAAGAACGAGAAGAAUACGAACGAAACAAUCCGAAAAUCCAACAACAAUUCGCCGACCUGAAGCGGUCCUUAGCUACGGUAUCGGACGAGGACUGGGCUAAUAUACCCGAAGUCGGUGAUCUUACAGGAAAAAAUCGACGAGCUCGUCAGAAUCUAAGGCAAAGAUUUUACGCGGUACCGGAUAGUGUGAUUGCAGGUGCUAGGGAUGCGACGCAGUUUGACACAACCAUCGCCGAGGAUGGUACUCAAACUGAAAUUUCAGGUUCUGCGGGAGGAGAUGGAGGCUUAACGAACUUUGCCGACAUUGGUGCCGCCAGAGAUAAGGUUCUCCAGGUACGCCUCGACCAGGCGGCACUUGGAUCUUCUGCCGAUACCGUGUCAGGUAGUGCGACUAGCAUCGACCCCAAAGGGUACCUUACUAGUCUUACGAAGUCUGAAUUGAAGGCUGGCGAGAUGGAAAUUGGUGAUAUCAAGCGUGUUCGAGUUCUCAUGGAAUCUGUUACACGUACGAAUCCCAAGCAUGCCCCGGGUUGGAUUGCCAUUGCUCGAUUAGAAGAAUUAGCAGGCAAGAUUGUUGCGGCAAGAAACUAUAUUGCCAAAGGAUGUGAAUUAUGCCCAAAAAGCGAGGAUGCCUGGUUAGAGAAUAUCCGACUAAAUGAGAACCACAACGCCAAAAUCAUUGCAGCGAAUGCGAUCAAGCACAAUGAUCGAUCCACUAGAUUAUGGAUCGAGGCGAUGAAACUUGAGACAGACGUCAGAGCCAAGAAGAACGUCCUAAGGCAGGCUCUUCUACACAUACCGCAGUCCGUAGCUAUUUGGAAGGAAGCUGUGAAUCUCGAAGAAGAUCCAGCUGAUGCCCGACUUCUUCUUGCAAAGGCCACUGAGAUGAUUCCUCUGUCGGUCGAGCUCUGGCUUGCACUGGCACGAUUAGAGACGCCUGAAAAUGCGCAGAAAGUCUUGAACGCAGCUCGUAAAGCAAUCCCAACAAGUCAUGAAAUCUGGAUUGCUGCAGCUCGAUUACAGGAACAAAUGGGAACGGCAAACAAAAUCAACGUCAUGAAAAGAGCUAUUCAAGCACUUAGGGUGCGGUCUUGA